AUGUUCCGCGUCGCUGCUCGAACUUCGCAACUUCUUACCCCGGCACCGCGAUGGUAUCCCUUCGCUCCGUGCCGGGGGAAGAAAAAAAAGACGAACAAAAGAAACUCCGCACCAACAGAUCUAGACCCUGAAGUUGCCUCACUAAUCAAUUUGUCAACGUUUGAGGCCAAUAUGCAGAAAGCUGUGGAUGCAUUGCGGGCUAGAUAUGCUAGGAUACGAGCGAGCGGGGCUUCUCCUGGAAUUCUAGAUGACAUUAGAGUCGACGCGUACGGCGCCUCAACGGCACUGAAAAAGCUUGCACAAGUAUCUGUGCGGGAUGGAAGGACACUGCUCGUAAGCGUCUUUGAUGAGGGGACCUCAAAUGCAGUGGAACGCGCAAUUAGGGCAGCUGGUCUCAACUUGAACCCCAUAUGCGAUGGCCCGUCAAAGCUUAAAGUGCCUAUUCCCAAGCCGACGGAGAAGGCCCGCGAGGGUUAUGCCAAAGUGGCACUCCAGGAUGCAGAGUCUGCGAAAGUAGCCACCCGAAUGGUUCGCAGAAAAGCCAUGGACGCCGUCAAAGAUUUAAAAGAUGAUGUGGGCAAGGAGGAUUUGAGGCGCAUGGAGAAUUCUGUGCAGCAGAUGUCAAGUAAGUAUAUUGCCGUGAUUAACAAAUCUCUAGAAGAAAAGGUCAAAUCCAUAAACGCACCCUGA